CGCCUCAUCCCGAUUUCUUUGGGUAUUUUUGGACUGUCUCGGGGCCAUCUUGGACCAUUUUGGACCAUUUUGGCCGUCUUGGAGGCCCUCGGGGGUGUGUAGCCAUUUGGGCUCAAGCGCGCGAACACUCCUAAAUUGUACACGUUGCAGGUUCUCUAUCCCCAGAACAGGGCCCCUCACUUGACGGAUCGACCUGCAUGGCUGUUUUGCAGGUGUUGCGCUUCGUAUGGCUGUCACUGGUGGUGCUCCCGCCUGUCCGUGGACUUUCCGCAGUCCGUCUGCCCCAGACGGAACCAAUACACAGCCAGCAUGAUAAUAAUAAUAAUCGAUAUGGAUCCAUAGGGCAAGAAGUUGAAAUGGACGAACUAUUCGAUAGUCACGCACGUCUCCCUCCGAAGGCGAACUGCACCGAGGAAAGCUGGAUGAUUCCUAAGCAUGAGGUGUCUCGCAGAAAACACUUCAAUUUCUCGCAGAAGCCGUGGAUCGUGUUCAGAGGGGCAACAUUUCGCGCCACAGCCGAGGCGCAAGAUGUGGCGCUCUGCUCGAUAAGGCGCCACGUGGUGGCACCCCUGAAAAGGGCGUACGCCCUCACCUCGGUGCAUGUGCACCUCUGUGUUCGCCCCCACGGGGCGAACCAUCUACUCGUGGAGAGCGCCGAGAAGUAUUUCGGGGUCGCGAGUGGCGACGUCAGUCUUCGGGAGCUGAGCGAGGCAGAGCAGCCCCUGCAGCAGGGCCAGUACAGGGCCUGCCUGGCUGACGUGCCCAACAAUGCCGGGUUUGCGCUCAUCCUGCGGCCGGAUUUGGUCUUUCAGAAGAGUUUGAGCUUUGAUCGUGCUGCGUCCCCCGACAUGUUCUAUUUCCAGUGGAACUUGUUCCACUAUUGCGUGAAUCGGGAAAUCGCCGAUCAGAUUCAUCUAGUGGGGGGCAGCUUGAUCCCCGAGUUCAAAGAGAAGUGGAACAGCGAGCAGAUGGGGGCAGCCAAAGCGGGGCAGCCAUACUGGGAUACUUUCCACAUGAUGUUCACGUGGGCCAUCGAAGCCUUCGGACAGGAGCGCGUGGGAUACCUAAUGGAAUAUCCCGCCACGAAUUGUUUAUAUCGGGGCAGAGGCGGUUUUCGGCGAUGGCACCAGUACGGCUUCUGCAAGCAGCGUGGGAACCCCGGGGUGCUUCACUACGGCAACGUCACGAACCCGCUGUUUACCUACGACCGCUUGAUCAAUGGAAGUGCUGACGGCGAGGCGUUGUGCAAAUGGGACUAGACUGCGAGGCCCAGGCGCGCGGGCGAAGCGAUCGCGCAGGUCAUGGGGGAUCCUGUGAGGCCUGGGUUGUUCUGUGCGGGUACAGCGCUGUUUCUGCCGCCGUGGUGGCGGGCGGCAGCCCACGCCAGGGCGUGUUGCCCCGAUUUCCCCUUGUGUUUGCCUCUUGCCCCAGGUCUUUCUCGCAAACUGUGGGCGCCUCGCGUACCCCCGCCAGCCCAUGCAAUGCCCUCACGACUCUGCGUUCCCAGAUGCGGUCUGCGAGGUGCUCGGGCCCGUUUCGAUUGAGGCAUCCUCGGAACCCCAGGCCCCGAGAUGCCCUGAUUUGAGGCACUCUGGCCUGCUUCGCCUGAGACAUCUUGGGGUCCUCGGAACUUUGGGUCCGAUCACCAUGGCUGCGCGAUUCGGGGGAUGCCAGCCCAUCCCCGGGAAGGCUUUUGGCGUGGCCCCAACCAACUGCUUGUGCGAGAAUGUGCGCACGGACGGUGGCCUCCCUUAUCAGGGAGGAGCGCCUUUUGCUAACUUUUGUAGGCAGCGGCGACCAGAAGCGCGCUAGAGGUCACUUGAGUCACUUUUGAGGAGCCGCGCCUUUAGUCUCACUUCUAUCACAAAAACAGAUCGCACCCAUAGUUUCUGUACCUACUUCGGCUGUCCACACUCUUUGCUGGCGAGGGCCUUCCUGACGGCGCACAAUUGAAGACGAGGCAUUCCUCUCCGCCCAGGGCUUGGUCCACACGUCUUGCAGUUGGCGGUCGCGGGGCGGCCAUGAGUGUCUCGGCAGCGUUGAGUGUGUCGGCAGCACGCGGUCGUGUCUACUGGCCUCUGAGUGUGC